UCUCAAAGAAGAAACAUCGCCAAAAGUUAGGAUACGCGGUUGGGCGCUCUCGCCGAACUUGGAGGGAUCCGCGGCUGUACAUUUCUGUCUCUGAGAAAAAGAAAAGGCUAUGGCUAUGUCCUUAGCCGAAUUCCAUUUAUUUUUUUAACCUUUUUUCAAGCCCACACAGAAUCCGACCAAACAGGUGAAGUUCUCCACCUCUGAACUUUCCCUCUGCACAUAAGGUGUUUGUCAAAAUGUCCGUCCCUAAAAUUUCUUAAAUUCACUUGAUUCUUGCCGCACUUCCGUGAGGUUUUGGUCACUUGAAUCAAAUAAGUGGAGCUAUGACUGUAAGGUGGCCAAGGAUGUUAACUCCCACACACCUCUCUCAGAUUAUCAGGAAGCAGAAUAAUCCCUUUACAGCUUUCCAACUCUUUAAGGAAGCCAAAUGUAGGUACCCGGGUUAUCGACACAAUGGUCCGGUGUAUGCCGCAAUGAUUGAUAUACUCGGAAACUCGGGCAGAGUCGUCGAGAUGAGAGAAGUGAUUGAUCAAAUGAAAGAUGAUUCUUGUGAGUGCAAAGAUUCUGUAUUUUCAUUUGCAAUUAAAACGUAUGCUAGUCAUGGAUUACUGGAAGAAGGCAUAUCUUUGUUCAAAAGCCUCGGGAGAUUUAACUGUACCAAUAGAACACAAACUUUCAAUACCCUUUUGGAAAUCCUGUUGAAUGAGUCUCGGCUUGAUGCCGCUUGUCAGCUUUUUCAGCAGAGCUCUUAUGGUUGGGGUGUGAAGUCCAGAACUCAGUCCUUGAAUUUGCUUAUGCAAUCUCUUUGCCAGAGAGCUCAAUCUGAACUUGCUUUACAUAUCUUUCAAGAGAUGGAUUACCAAGGCUGCUAUCCAAAUAGGCUGAGUUAUUUGAUUCUAAUGAAAGGACUGUGCCAAGAUGGAAGGCUUAAUGAGGCCGUCCAUUUGUUGUAUUCUAUGUUUUGGAGGAUUUCUCAAAGGGGCAGUGGAGGGGACAUUGUUAUUUAUAGAACCCUUUUGUAUGCUUUAUGUGCUAAUGGAGAGGUUGAGCAGGCUGUGGAAAUACUUGGCAAGAUAUUGAGGAAAGGACUGAAAGCCCCCAAGCGAGUUCAUUACCGGAUUGACCUCGACCAAUGUAAGAAUAGCAAGCUCACCAUCGAUGAAAUCAAGAGGUUAUUCAAUGAAGCCUUAAUCAAAGGUGGAAUUCCCAGCUUGGCUACCUAUUGUGCCAUGGCUGUUGAUCUAUAUAACGAAAACGUGACCGAUCAGGGAGAUAAAGUGGUGAGCCACAUGCUAGCUAAAGGCUUCAGGCCACCAUCCUCGAUCUAUGAAGCAAAAGCGGCUGCAUUAUGCAAAGAAGGAAAAGUUGAUGAUGCAAUGAGAGUAAUUGACGAGGAAACUGUGAAGGGAAGCUGUAUUCCAUCUGUUGCAUUGUACAACAUCGUUCUGAAGGGUCUGUCUAAUGAGGGCAAAUCAACAGUGGCUUUGGAGUAUUUGAAGAAAAUGGCAAAGCAGGUCGGUCUUGUUGCAGACAAGGAAACAUACAGUAUUUUAGUACAUGGACUUUGUGCUGAAAAUAGAUACAUUGAAGCAUGUAAGAUGUUGGAGGAAAUGGUUAUCAAAUCGUAUCGACCUUGUUCCGACACGUUCAAUACGCUAAUCGGAGGUCUUUGUUCGAUCGGUAAACAAUAUGAAGCAGUGAUGUGGUUGGAGGAAAUGAUUAGCCAAGGUCAAUUGCCUGAACUUUCUGUCUGGAAUUCUUUAGUUUCAUCUGUGUGUUUCAAUGUGGCUGGCACCGAUGUUUGGACGUCCGAGGUCCUACAACAAAUAAGACAUUGAUGAUGAUCCAGGUCGGAAUAUUUAUUAGGUAUAAAUCUCAUUUUGGUACUAGAUUUAUUAGACUUUGGUCCUAAAACUUCCAUUGUAUCUAUUUUGACCUGAUAUUUUAGAAAGUAACUAUUUUCGUACUUACUGUUAUUCUAUAGUUAACUAUUUGACGACUUCGAAAAUGUAUAUUAAGAUAUUAAUCUGAACAUGU